CCUGCUGGUCGGAAUGUCAGCCAGACCCAACCCGGGGCCGGGCCCCUCCGAGGGGCCCACUGCAGUGCCUGACAAUGACCUUGGGGAGAUUCACAACUGGACCGAGCUGCUCUACUUCUUCAACCACUCUCUGUCCGAGUGCCAGCUGGAGCUCAGCGAGAACACCAAGCGCGUGGUCCUCUUUGUUCUCUACCUGGCCAUGUUCGUGGUGGGGCUGGUGGAGAACCUCCUGGUGAUCGGCGUCAACUGGCGCUGCUCAGGGCGGGCGGGGCUGCUGAACCUCUACGUCCUCAACAUGGCCAUCGCGGACCUGGGCGUCAUCCUGUCCCUGCCCGUGUGGAUGCUGGAGGUCACGCUGGACUACACCUGGCUCUGGGGCAGCUUCUCCUGCCGCUUCACCCACUACUUCUACUUCGCCAACAUGUAUAGCAGCAUCUUCUUCCUGGUGUGCCUCAGCGUGGACCGCUACAUCACCCUCACCCGUGCCUUCCCGUCCUGGCAGCGCCACCAGCACCGAGGGCGGCGGGCCGUGUGUGCCGGCGUCUGGGUCCUCGCGGCCAUCAUCCCGCUGCCCG